AUGCCGUCUAUCUCCUCCUCCCUUCUUUCCUUGGCGUCUUUGUUGGCCAUUGCCCAAGCGCAUGGUGUUCUUAUAAAGGUGCAAGGCAACAAAGGUUCUCCAGAGGGUGUUGGAUUCCAGGUCGAAUCUGAGUUGGCAAGAAACUGCACAUCUAUUAGUCCCUGCCAACAAGAUACGACUAUUAUUCGAGAUGCAGAGAUUUCCGCCAAUGUCGUGAACGAAUGUGGACGCACGGAACUCUCUGGUAAUAUCGAUAUCGGAGAAAAUACCGAAAACCAGCUCGCCGCCGGCAUAGUAACACAGGUUUCCAAAGGCUCCUCGGUCGACGUAACGAUACACCAGGUGAAUGCAGAUGGAGCAGGCCCCUAUGCCUGCGAUCUGGUCGAAGCCGGCAACAAUGGUAUCAUAACACAGAACCUAACGGUUGAAAACAACGUCCCUGGGGUCAAUGGAUUUUCUCAGGCAAAGACCCAAGACUUUGUAAUACGGGUAAACAUGCCUGACAACUUCACAUGCACCGGAUCGUCCGCCGGUAACGUCUGCACUGUCCGCUGCCGUAACAAUGCCCAGGCUGGGCCAUUUGGCGGUUGCUUUCCCGUGCAGCAAACCGAUGUACAGCCAAAUGUAAAUACUCCAGCGAAUAUCCCUACCUCGCUAUCGCUCGAAAAAAUCACAGCCCAGAUAGCUCAAGACAAACAGGAUCUUCCUGCUGCUGUUGCCGCUAUCCAGAAUGCGGGUUCGGAUUCUGCGCUGCAAGGUGUGGCUGUUGUUAGUUCUCUUCUAGGACAAACCACCCUUGUUAGUAAGGUUGCUUCGACAUUAACUCCCUCUGUUGAGACGGGAGCCGCUGCCACUGCGACGGCAGUUGCUGAUACCACAACGAGUGCCGCUGCUGCUCAAACUAGUGCUGCCAAUGGUCGCAGUGGUAAGGGACGUGGUGGAAACAACAACAAUAACGCAAAUGCCAAUGCUGGCAAUGCUAAUAACGCUGCCAACGAUGCCGGAAACAAUGGAAACGGCCAAAGUAACGCCGGCAAGAACAAUGGCAACAAUAACAACAACAAGAGAAGCCGUAUGUUCUUCGCGUGA